UCUAUUCUCCUUGAAUUUAUUUGACGAUGUCGUUGUCUACAGAAGAGAGUAUUUCUUUUAGCAAUCUUAACUUAAAGGAUAAUAGCUUACCGGUAAAGAACCAUAUAAUCAAGAAGCAGGAGGAAUUAGCUCACACAGCGGUAGAAUACACAACUACAACAGGUAGCUAUAACGCGUGGGACACAGAUCUAACACCACCAGAGGCGUCUGUCUCACUGAACAAAGAUGACGUCAACAUUCAGGAUUACUACAAUGCUUUACAGUAUAGCUUAUUCGAAAACAACCUUCCCGAGACUGUGGACAGAACGAAGCAGCCGAGAACACGAAAGCGUGAUACGGAAGUCGCUAUAGUUGUACUGGCAUCACCUGUGGAAUGCCUGGCGAUACUGCUAGAAGGUGGGCGCCAAUGUCCGGGCGAUAUGCUUCUCGUGUUGUCGCCAACAUGGCUUGUAAAGGAGAAAUCUAAUAAAGGUGAAGGUCUGCAUUCGCUGUUAGUCAAGAAGGCAAUUGUUUUUUAUCGAUCAGGAACGACAUAUGUCGAUGUCUUCGAGAAACCUAGACGGUGUUCCUACUUUGUAAAUUUCUUCACAAAGGCGAUCACCGAUGGCCAAAGAAAUGACGGUGUGGAUGUUGAGCAGGACUUGGACUGUCCAAUGUCAAGUUCUGUUGAGCUGUGCAAAUAUGUGGACGAUAAACUUCUGUCUCGUAUAUGGAUGGCGGAAGCGGGAGUUAACUACCCAGAAACCCUGGCUAUUGCUUAUAAACCAUCGUAUGAAUACAACAUUCCAAAGGACGCAAAUAUGAAAGUGCUGAUCGUCGAAAAUAAACAUGGCAUGGAUAAUUACAUUGAAAAAAACGUAAGACAGUUCCUGAAUAUGGAGAGAGUCAAGUCAUUUGAUAAGAUCGUGGUAAAACCCUCGGGCACCAUAUGGCACGGCAGUAGAUGUGUGACGUUCCAUAAAGUGAAAAAUGUGGAAGAAAUUUGUAAAGCUGUGAUUGACUUAUUGACCUUAUUGGAAUUGGAAAAUACAGUUCUGGUAGAAACAUUUUAUCAACCUGUAGAAGCAGCAAAUCCAGAGUUAGCUGAUUACUCGUUCAGAUGGAGAACCAUUGUAUGCAGAAGAAUAGAUGAUACACCACUUACAACACAGAUGGUUUGUGGGAUAGGUCUGAAUCAUCAACCAAUCAAUGGCGACGACACCAUUCCUCAAACUUUUGAAACAACAAUGAAAAUGUGGAAUAUGCCUGAUGAUGAUAUGAAUCGUUUAUUCGAUAAAGUAUCCACAGGUUCAGAAAAGAUCAUGGAUCGUAUUAUUGAAUAUGAACGUGGGCUUUCCACAGAUAUCAAAGGAGGCGUUGGAGCACGAACUGAACUUAUAGGUAUAGACUACGUUCUGGGAAUGGUAGAUGGACAGUUGGAGGCAGUUGGAAUAGAAGUGAACAGUCAUGAUUGUACCAUCAAUUGUCAGUUGUUUGAAUUCUUGAACCCCCAUAGACAGGGAGAAGCAAUGAAACCACUAGUGGAGACUAUGAUAAGACGUUCUCAGCUGUUUGCCAUGCAAGACAAAUUAGUUCUUGUAGUCGGAGCUGGAGGCUUCAGCAAGAGGUUUAUAUGGGAAAGCUUUCGAUCAUUUGGCAUCAAUGUUGUUCUUGUUGAACCAGAUAGUGCAAGCUUUGGUGCAUCGAGGUGUACAAAAUUUAUUCAGUACGAUUUUCUUGACCAUAAACAAGACGAGGCUCAUGCUACAGACAUCAUUAAAAUUCUCAAAGAUGAAGGAAUAGUUGUCGAUGGGUGCGUUACAUUCUGGGAAGACUGUGGUCCAUUAGCAGCAACGAUUUGCGACAUGUUAAAAUUGAAUGGUCCAGGAAAACGUUCAGCACACGUUGCGAAAAGGAAAAGCUGGACACAAAACGUGUUACGAUCAAGAACUGGCAAUAUUCCGCACUUUCCGAGAUCUCAUCUUUAUUCCAGUAUAUGCUGUUCUAUAAAAAGUGAAUCUGACGUCGACAAGGCUUUAGAGAAGAUUAGGUUACCUGCAGUUUUAAAAUUGGAAUACGGGUCAAGUGGCGUCGGCGUAAAACCGGUUGCAGACCGUGUUGAGUGUAUUAAUAUAUGGCAACAGUUAUCAUCAAUUCUUCAGUCCGACGAAGAUCACCCUGGUGUUGGGCUCGGGCAUGGCAAUGAUAUUAUGCUUAUGGAGAGAAUAGAUGGCACAGAACACGAUAUAGAUAUCAUUAUAUUCCAGAGGCAGCUUAUUGCUGCAUUUGUCUCGGAUAAUGGACCAACCAGGAAGGGCUCUUACACUGAAACAGCAGCCUUACUGCCAACAUGCCUACCAUUGGAUAGAAAAGGACAGCUUAUCACUUCUGCUUAUCAGUGUUGUACUGAAAUUGGACUCGUUACUGGUGUUUUCAACGUUGAAAUGAAAAUGACAAAAACGGGACCAAAACUGAUUGAGAUAAAUGCUAGAAUGGGUGGUUUCUAUCUGCGUGACUGGAUCAAGACUUGCUAUGGGCACGAUCUUUUACUCUAUGCGUUCAUGGUUUCUUUGGGUAUCAGACCAGUUAUUACGAAUAUGGAACCAAAAUGCACUCUUAUGGGAAUGAUGUGUCUGUCAUCCGUACACAAACAACAAUUAAAAAAUCCAAACAGUUUGAAAUUCUUAAAUGCGUUAGUUUCAGGAAAUAUUGUUCGGUAUAACCAGAUCGAGGCUUCCUUAGACGAAUGUGGAAGUGAAAAUGAUGAGGAACCUUUUGCUAACAUUGCUGUAAUGGACAAAAAUUUGGAAACGGCAAAAGCUAAACUGAUCAAUAUCGGCAAUGCUCUUGGCUUAAAUACAAAUAACUAUGACUAUAACUUCUUACUGAGUCAUUUUAAAUAAUGACUGUUAGCGGUUAGGUGUUCUCAUCGGUUACCGCUGUCGUCAUUCAUGAAAACCAUUUAUCAUUGCUCGGCGAUUACUGCUGUUGUCAUUCAUGAAAACCAUUUAUCAUUGCUCGGCGAUUACCGCUGUCUUCAUUCAUGAAAACCAUUUAUCAUUGCUCAGCGAUUAACGCUGUCGUCAUUCAUGAAAACCAUUUAUCAUCAAGAAAAGACUGCACAUUCCAAGAAUAGCGGACCUGUAAAGUUAGGAACAUUGUACAUAGUAACAAUCUUCGUCAUUGCAUUGAAAAUCAAUUUUGUAUUUUGUUAAUUUGUUUAGUUUAAAAAAAAACUAAGUUCUGUUUAGCUAACAAAAAAAAAACAUUCAUUAUAUUGUUUUUAUUUUUAAAGAGUUAAAAAUUACUUGAUAUGUUUUUUUUGGGGUAAAGAUGAAAUGCAAUCAAAAACCUAUGGUACUGACUUGAUAUCUAUAUCUUCCAAGGUUGAUCACUACCUUUGGUAGGUCAAACAAAAUAGUGCAGUGAAGUGAUCAUUAUUUAGAUCAUAUCCAAUCAAUGUCAUGCAAUUUAUUGAUGAUAUGUUAUACUUUAAUAUUUUAGUUACAAUAUGCUGUGUAUUUUAAUUACCAUACGUGUCAAGAAAACAUUUAUUUAUUAAAAAUUACACAAGUAAUGAAUGGUGUAUGAAUCUGUUAUAAAAAUAGGUUCAACUACAAAUAUACAAUCAUGAACAAAGGAAGAUAACCCCAACUCAUAUUUUUAACUUGCUUAGAAAAAUACAAAUCAAUGUUUUAUUUAAAAAUUCACAAAAUUGCAAAACGAAAGCAAUCUUUUACCCUUCAGUGCUCACAAGCAUUUUGAUUCACUUAAGUUUAAUGGAAUGGUUUUAUGCAGUUUGAUUGGUUGACCGAUUUCCACUGUUUACAUCCAUGGAAUCCAAUUUUACAGAUGCGUUUAGACAUUAAGAAUAGCAGACUUGUUGUAUAUACUAGCUAGCACUCUUUAACAGUUAGUUAAUUGUGUGUUGAGGAUCUGAAUUUUGCAUUUUGUACUGUUUGCAUAAUAGCUUACAUAAUUUAAUAUUGUAUUUACGUCGUAUUAAAAUUUUCUUUUGUUCGUUAAACAUUGAUCAGUCAAUUGUGAGGGAGCAAUGUAAAGGAAUAAAAUAAUUUAAAGACAUAUAGAAGGCAAUUGUUUUCAAUUAACAAUUAUAGAAUUUUG